UUCACAUCUAACUCCAGCUUCCUCAGAUCUGUCACAGUUGGUGAUGGUGGUGUAGCCACACUCUGUGAGGUUGCCCUCUCCUCCAGUACACACCACAUUGUCCAGGAAGAUAGAUCUGUUUGGAGGACUGCCCAGACCAGAGCGGACCACUGGCAGAGAGCCUGUGAGAGGGAAAGAUGUGGAAUUGAUGGAGAGAUACACAAAUGAUACACAGAAGAGAACAAACCAGAGGCUGAGAAUCCCAGCUGAGUACACACAACAGUGGCAUCCAGAGGAUCCCACCAGUCAUCACACACAGUACCAUACUCAUUGUCCAGACAAACCAGUACAGUUCCAUUGGAGUGGUUGGUGGAGAGUGUACUACCGUCAUACAGAAGAACCUCCCCGUCCCUGCAGUCUGAACAUUCGUGACUGCCAAUGGUAUUUGCACAGUCUGCAUGCAAGUCACACAGAUCUGAUCCUUCAUAGCAUUCAUCAAUAUCUGUGGAAACAGUAUUAUUUAUUAUCUUGAAGGUAAACAUAUGUACCUGUACAGUUGAAUCCAUUGCCAGAAUAACCAAUUUCACAGCUACAGUUGUAAGAACCGAUGGUGUUUGUACAUUCUGCAUUGUUGU